AGAGUAACCAGAGGUACACGUUGCAAAUUCACCAUAAUCAAGGAGAACUGAAAGGGGAGGUGAUCUCUCAAAUUGCUCAGUGAGCACACCUAAUUAACCUGAUUUUUUGCUGAUAAUCAUUCACAAUGGAAUCAAAUCAAAAAUCCGGGGAUGGAUUGGCCGGCACUCAGAAAGAAGCGGCACUGCGUGCAUUGAUGCAGCGCACAGGAUAUAGUUUGACACAGGAAAAUGGACAGAGAAGGUAUGGAGGUCCACCACCUGGAUGGGAAGGUCCAGCACCUGAAAGAGGAUGUGAGAUUUUUGUCGGCAAACUUCCCAGAGAUCUUUUUGAGGAUGAACUUAUACCAUUAUGUGAAACGAUAGGAAGAAUCUAUGAAAUGAGAAUGAUGAUGGACUUCAAUGGAAAUAAUAGGGGAUAUGCAUUUAUAACUUUCACAAACAGACACGAUGCCAGGAAUGCAAUCAAACAAUUAAAUAAUUAUGAAAUUAGAAAUGGUCGCCUGUUAGGGGUUUGCGCCAGUGUAGAUAACUGUCGGCUGUUUGUUGGUGGAAUCCCAAAAACUAAAAAGAGAGAAGAAAUUUUAGUAGAAAUGAAGAAAGUCACAGAUGGCGUUCUUGAUGUCAUUGUAUACCCCAGUGCAGCGGAUAAAGGCAAAAAUCGUGGAUUCGCAUUUGUAGAAUAUGAAAGUCAUAGAGCUGCGGCAAUGGCUAGAAGGAAAUUGUUACCAGGGCGCAUUCAGCUCUGGGGUCACCCAAUUGCUGUAGACUGGGCAGAACCAGAAGUUGAAGUUGAUGAAGAUACAAUGUCAUCUGUAAAGAUCCUGUAUGUGAGAAACCUUAUGCUAACCACAGCAGAGGAGACAAUUGAAAAAGAAUUUAAUAACAUCAAGCCAGGUGCAGUUGAACGAGUAAAGAAAAUCAGAGAUUAUGCUUUCGUACACUUUAACAAUCGUGGUGAUGCAGUUGAAGCAAUGAAUGUAUUAAAUGGAAAGUUAAUAGAUGGUUCACCAAUAGAAGUUACCUUGGCUAAACCAGUGGACAAAGACAGCUAUAUAAGAUACACCAGAGGAACAGGAGGAAGAGGAGGGUCUGUACAAGGAGAGUAUGCGUACACUAUAGGACAUGUUUACGACCCAGCUACUGCCUAUCUAGGUGCACCUGUAUUUUAUGCACCUAGUCCAGCCUAUACCGCGGCAAUUCCCAGCAUUCAUUUUCCUACUGCAAAAGGAUAUGUCAGCAAUCGCGGCCUCCUAAGACCUCCUUCAGUUAGAGAAAUUUACAUGAGUGUACCUGUAGGGGCUGCGGGAGUUAGAGGACUAGGAGGACGGGGAUAUUUGGCAUACACUGGCUUGGGACGUGGAUGUGCUGGAUACCAAGUGAAAAUAGACAAAAGGGGCGAUGAGAAACUCUAUGACAUUUUACCUGGAAUGGAACUCACACCAAUGAGUACUGUUGCAUUAAAACCACAAGGCAUUAAACCAGCAUCACAGGUUCUUGAAGAAAUAUGUCAAAAAAAUAAUUGGGGUCAGCCAGUUUAUCAGCUCCAUUCUGCCAUUGGUCAAGACCAGCGACAACUGUUUCUCUAUAAGAUCACUAUUCCCCUCCUUGCAACCCAGAACCCAACAAUACAUCCUUUUACACCACCAAAACUGUGUGUGUCAGUGGAGGAAGCAAAGAACUAUGCAGCAGAAUUUACCCUUCAGACAUUAGGUAUUCCAAUUGAGACGGCUGAGCCCCCAGCAGCCUUUGCAGGGUACACUAUUGCCAAUUCACCUGCAACUGUGGCUGCUACACACCUUAAACAAGCGGUCGCUCUCGGUCAAGAUCUUGGAGCUUAUGCCACAUAUGAAACGUAUCCAGCGUUUGCAGUUGCAGCACGUAGUGAUGCAUAUGGAGCUUUUUAAUGUUUAAUACUGACAGCUAAAAACUGUUUUGGGUUGUAAAAAAAAAAAAAUACUAUGGUAGACACAGACCAUUAUUAGAUGGGUAAAUAUGUAACUAGAUAUAAGAUGAACUUUAGUAAAGUAGAUAUUUUGAUUUUAGCCUCUAAUUUUAUAGAUAUUCAGUAUAAUAUUUAGUAUUGUAGGAAAUUACGUUGUUUACUUAUUAAUCCAUAGUUUAUAUAAACUAUAAUGUUGCUUAGCUUUUUAGCUCUUGCUUUAAUUGUUUACAUAUAUUGCACAGUAGGAAUUUAUAUAUACUUAGAUAACUAUAUAUCUUUACAUUUCAACUAAAAUUUGGAAAGGUAACUGUAUAUAUUUACAGUACAGCACAACUGAUAUUUGCAAAGGUAACUGUAUAUAUUUACAGUACAGCACAACUGAUAUUUGCAAAGGUAACUGUAUAUAUUUACAGUACAGCACAACUGAUAUUUGAAAAGGUAACUGCAUAUAUUUAAAGUACAGCACAACUGAUAUUUGCAAAGGUAACUGCAUAUAUUUACAGUACAGCACAACUGAUAUUUGGAAAGGUAACUGCAUAUAUUUACAGUACAGCACAACUGAUAUUUGGAAAGGUAACUGUAUAUAUUUACAGUACAGCACAACUGAUAUUUGGAAAGGUAACUGCAUAUAUUUACAGUACAGCACAACUGAUAUUUGGAAAGGUAACUGUAUAUAUUUACAGUACAGCACAACUGAUAUUUGGAAAGGUAACUGUAUAUAUUUACAGUACAGCACAACUGAUAUUUGGAAAGGUAACUGUAUAUAUUUACAGUACAGCACAACUGAUAUUUGGAAAGGUAACUGUAUAUAUUUACAGUACAGCACAACUGAUAUUUGGAAAGGUAACUGUAUAUAUUUACAGUACAGCACAACUGAUAUUUGGAAAGGUAACUGUAUAUAUUUACAGUACAUCACAACUGAUAUUUGGAAAGGUAACUGUAUAUAUUUACAGUACAGCACAACUGAUAUUUGGAAAGGUAACUGUAUAUAUUUACAGUACAGCACAACUGAUAUUUGGAAAGUUAACUGCAUAUAUUUACAAUACAGCACAACUGAUAUUUGGAAAGUUAACUGCAUAUAUUUGCAGUACAACACAACUGAUAUUUGCAAAGGUAACUGUAUAUAUUUACAGUACAGCACAACUGAUAUUUGGAAAGGUAACUGCAUAUAUUUACAGUACAGCACAACUGAUAUUUGGAAAGGUAACUGUAUAUAUUUACAGUACAGCCAACUGAUAUUUGGAAAGGUAACUGUAUAUAUUUACAGUACAGCACAACUGAUAUUUGGAAAGGUAACUGUAUAUAUUUACAGUACAGAACAACUGACACUUGGAAAUUGGGUAUUUUGUAACUUUGCAAUGUUGCUUAAAAGUGCAUUUACACUUAAAGUGAAGGUUAAUUUUCAGCAAUGAGUGCCCGGUUUUUAAAAAU